CGCAAACUGAACAAAGUACCUGCUGGUGCUGUUGACUGGGACGUGCCGUAUCCUUUCCAGCCAGGAGAAGGCCCUGAGGCUUAUUCGGCAACGUGGGAGCAAACCCGGGGAAAACAACUUGUUUCCCAGCUUGUGUCCUUGAUCAAGGCUGCUUCUCGUAAAGCUGCUAUACGAAAAUAUAUGGAGCAG